UCAGUUAUGAGUGGGUUCAAGUCCGUUGUUGGUAGUACAAAGCUCCCUCGAGGAGGAAGAAGACGAGGAGUUCAAAUCCUUCGCUUCUCCGUACCCAUUUUCUCAAUACCUCUAAGCCACUCCUUAUCCCCUUUUGAUCGUCUUCUCGAUCGACGGCUCUCCGUUUACCGAUCGUGUAGGUGCUUUUUCCGUAGUUUUUGGUUGCUUUUUCGAAGAUUUUAGCUAUAGAUAUGGGAAUCUCGGCUCGGUUUGAAGUUGUUGUGGCGGUAGCGGAUCUCAGUGUGUUAUCGAGCAUUUCUUCUUUCUUUCGAUGAUCGCUUUUUUUUUUGCGAAAAUUUGGUGAUCAAACGAGGAAGAUAAGCUUAGGAGUGUUCCGAUUUUGUUCUCAGUUCUUAGCUUAGCGCGUAAACUCCGGAUCUGGACUCGGGAAACGCGAUUUCGCGAGGUUUUACUGCGCUUCAGCGCAAGCUGACGAUAUUAGAUCGAAAAGUUUACUCUUUUGUGGAAGGAUUUGGAAUAGGACGAUGGAGACCCUUGUGGUUGUUGCGCAUCACCGGAGCCAUUACCACAACAAGAGAAAGUCGCAGAUCUCCGAUCGCUUUGCUUCGUCCCCUGCAAACGGCUUCAAAGGAAUCAAUUGCCGAUCCUUUGAGUCUGGUGCGGGUUUUCUCGCGUCUCCUCCCCGCGCUUUAUCUGAGCCCAAGGAGCCCAAAUCUCCUUUCUUCUACUCGGAGCCCCCAAAGCAAAGUAGACGAAGCAAACCCAUAUCUAUCUCAAAGCCUUUGGUUUCUCCCAGAGUAGCUAACCUUAAUGAUGAUUUCUCUAACUCUGAGCUGUGGGCUGGGCCAACUUACUCCAACUCGCCUCCACCGAGUUCUCUGCCGAUGCCCAAGUUCACUCUUCGCCCUAAACGUAGCGUGUCGCUCGAACUCCCACGGCCGAAGUAUAACGAUGAAAUCAAACCUGCCGCCAAGUCAGCUCCCUCUUCCCCCACUGGGGAGUCGGGCAAUGAUUUCUUUCUGAACACUGCUACUGCCACUGAGAAUCUGAGGAGGAUUCUCCAUUUGGAUAUCGCUGAUGACUGAGGAUGGUGGAGGAUGUGGACUUUGUAAAUAGUUUGUGGUAAUGAUGCUUGUUUGUUUGGUUGUUAAGGUUGUAUAGCGGGUAGUGAAUAACUUGGUGGUAGUAUGGGUCGUGCAUGCAUCAGAAUAGCUAUGUCGCCGGAGGCGGGGAAGUUUGGGGGUCAUGAGGUUGGUUAUUAGUGAAGUGAGUUUUCUCUAUGCAGGAAGGAGCUCGCAAAGGUGGAAGUAGGAGUGGAGCCACUAGUUGUUGCAGCAUGGAGCUUUGUAGAGAUGUAUUUAUGUAUUUAAAGUGAGGUUCUUCUCAAUGGGAAAGGAGGAUUUGAGGGGAAAAGUGGUGGAGAAUGGGAGGACUAGUUGAGUAUCAAGUGUUAGUCCAAAUCACCUGCAGUUCUCUUAGUGCUGUCUAAAUAAGGGGGUACUUCAGUAUAGCCUUCGUGUCUGCGUCUUAGUUUUAUCUCUCGGUUUUCAGUACGGUGGUUUGUUAAAGCUCUUCACUUCGGAUUAAAUUGCAUGGUCCCUUCUAUAGGUAGUCUCUGUACCUUGUCUUCUGUAGCUCAUAUUUCUGAACUUCGUAACAAUGUGUUGUUCGUUCAUCUUGUUGAAGCAUCAGGUCUGUGUGGCAGUUUAGGUUAGCUUCCUCUUGUAGAAGUAGCAUCCUUUAGAAUCUUUCCUUUCUGUUUAGAAUCUUCGUAUCUUCCUCAUCAGCCACUAAAUUCUUUAGAUAAUCUUUCUGACUUGCCACGGUGCUCUGCAAGAGUGCCGAGUUUGCCUCACUGCUUCUUCUGGUUUUUUUGAAAGGGAGAAGUUUGGUGGGCUUACUGUCUUUCUCCUCUUAUACCUCUUUUUUCUAUUUUAUUUGCUCUGUUUUUGUUUUUUUUCGUUUGUUCCGAUCCUAGUGUAUCAUCUUUCCAGUGUCUAUGCUAAAUUUGGUUGUCUCUUUAUUGCAUUUGAUAAUCAUAUAUUAGGGUGUCAGGUAAUAGUUACCGUUAUGUAUGUGAUAGUCACAUCUCAGGGUGUCUUGCUAUAGUUACAUGUACCUUUGCUCAAGUUCGUCAACCAAGUCCUGUAGUUUAUUCUGUUGGGAGGUGUGCCAUCAAUUGUGCAGUGCAUAAGAAACGAAGCAGCGGAAGCUGUGAACAAAGGUGAGGGCAGCUACUUACUUUUGCUGAAUGGAGAAUUUCCCCCAGCAGAGUGAUCUUCUGCAGAGCUUUCAAUAGUGAAGACCUUCUGUCAUGGGUGGGUUUAGUUCUCUGACUACUUCGUAGCCUCAGAUGUUUCAGCUUGUCUGUAUGUAAGGUUUAGACUCAUGAUGCUCCUGUUAUAAAGCUGUCUCUUCCUUUUUAGCUAGCGGCCCAUAAAAAAGAAUAUAAGCGGACUUGAAUGGCUCUGUUCAUUUACUAUUUUAUUUCUCCUUAGAUGUAAGCAUUCUAGUAUGUCGGUGUUUUAGUCGAAUUUUCAUGUUUUAACUGAAUUGAAUGUCAUGGUGUUUUCAAAGUAUUAGAUAUCUGAUAUUUCUUUUCUUCUUUUGUGGUACUUUGGUUUGAGUAUCGGCA